ACUCGCUUAACUUCCGUUUUAUGGGCUGGACAAAAAUUUAUUAAAAAUCUUCUUUUUUACCGGUUUUAACGUUAAAUACGAUGUCUUUACCUAACAGCGCCAAUGAUCCUCGACGACCAAAUAAAGUACAUCGAUACAAGCCCCCAUCCUCCGGAGGACCUCUUGAUGAUCCAACACCAGAUUACAUGAACCUACUGGGCAUGGUAUUUAGCAUGUGUGGACUCAUGUUGAAGAUGAAGUGGUGCGCCUGGGCUGCCGUUUAUUGUUCAUUCAUUAGCUUUGCCAAUUCUAGAUCAUCUGAAGAUACCAAACAAAUGUUAAGCAGCUUUAUGUUGUCAAUUUCUGCCGUUGUCAUGUCAUAUUUACAGAACCCACAGCCAAUGACUCCUCCAUGGUGAACAAUAAAGUAUUAUUAUUUAUUUGUAAAAAGCUGAAGUUGCUGUCA